AUGCCGAACGUCUUUGCUGUGCCAGUCUUUUUCAUUUGCUUCCGCGAGUGUCUGGAAACGAGCAUCAUCGUCUCCGUGCUCCUCGCCUUUCUUAAGCAAACUCUCGGCCCAGAACAUGACGCGACAGUCCACAAACGUCUCGUCCGCCAGGUCUGGUACGGCGUCGGAGCUGGUGUUCUGAUCUGCUUGGUCAUCUGCGCCGGCGUCAUUGGCACCUUCUACACUGCUGGUCGCAAUGCCUUCGAAGCUGCAGAGAACAUAUGGGAAGGUGCUUUCGCAAUCCUCGCAAGUGUCAUCAUCACUAUGAUGGGAGCUGCCCUGCUCCGCGUCAGCAAGCUUCAAGACAAAUGGCGUGUGAAGAUCUCCAAGGUUCUGGAGCAAAAGGAUUCGAAACUACCCAUCAAGGGUAGGUUGAAGCGAUGGUCGGAAAAGUACGCCAUGUUCAUCCUGCCUUUCGUUACCGUGCUUCGCGAAGGCAUUGAAGCAGUGCUGUUCAUCGCAGGUGUUGGGCUCGGUGCGCCAGCGACUAGCUUCCCUCUCGCCGUACUCUGUGGUCUCGGUGCGGGUGCCUUGGUCGGAUUCCUCAUCUACAAGGGCGGCAACAAGACUUCUCUACAAAUCUUCCUCGUCAUCUCGACGUGCUUCCUUUACCUGGUUGCAGCGGGUCUGUUCUCCAAAGGUGUCUGGAACCUCGAACAGAAUGCCUGGGUCAAGCUCGCUGGCGAGGGUGCUGCAGAAGCCGGUGCCGGCCCGGGUAGCUACGAUAUCAGGAAGAGCGUGUGGCACGUAAACUGCUGCUCACCAUUGGAGAACGGCGAUGGCGGUUGGGGGAUCUUCAACUCUCUUUUCGGCUGGCAGAACAGCGCGACCUACGGCUCCGUCAUCUCAUACAACCUAUACUGGCUCGUCGUCAUCAUCGGUUUCGCGUUCCUAGGAUGGAAAGAAAGCAAGAGCAGCCCCCCUCACAGCGCGCAAGCCGAGAGCAUUUCUUCCAGCGAAGAACGCGAAACCACAGGAAAGAAGUCCAGCGGUGAAGGCAUCACAACCACGACAGCUGUACGAGAGGUCGAUUAG